UUAACACGAAGCAAUUAACUAUUCCAUUCUUGACUUUCUUCAAUAUUCCUUUCUCUUUGCAUAUGUUCACACAUUCAUCGGCUCGCAGGUCUAUUUUCACAAAUCCAAUUCUCGAUAGUAAAUAAAAUUAAGAGUCUACGUACUCAAAGAGAAGUCACUUCGAAAGCAAGGGAAUCCAUUUUUCUCUGAGAUGCCGAUAAUCUGGUUUUGGUUGGUGCUAUAGUAAGAGCAUUAGAAGAAAGAUACGGUCUUAAUAAGAUCCACUACUAUUGAAUCCAUUCAGCAAACUAUCGCACGUUUUGCAUUAUAUAUCUAUAUGUGUGUGUAAAAAACACAAUAAUAGAGUUAGAUAUACAUUUCAAAACUCACGACGUCUAAAUUCUAAGUACAACCUUUGUUCUUUUUGAUUUUCCACCUGGUGUCCUGUAUCCGUAUUGAGGCCCAACUAAAUUCAUAUUCCAAUGUCACUGACCCCGAUGAGUCAACGGACAACUAGGACCGUGCCACGACGAACAUUAUUAAAGCAGCAUAGGGCAAGAAAGAGUAUAGAAAGAUGUAAAUCUGAGCCUUGUCUUUGGAGAAAUAAUGGAGUUGUUGGUGAAAAUGAAAAUGAUUGUCGACGAGAUGUGACAACGUCGUUGGAGGUCCUUUACCGGCCACAAACUUGUUCGGACAUAUUUUUUUCUCCGGAUUAUCUUAAUGCUCCGUCUCCACAGAGUACUCAGGGGUACAAUAAGGAUGCAAAAGUUGUGGUUAAUGUGACAGUUGAGGGCACUCCUGGACCAAUUCGAACCAUGGUCAAGUUGGGAUCAAGUGUCGAAGAGACCAUAAGACUUGUGCUAAAUAAAUAUAGAGAAGAAGGCCGCAGACCUCAUCUUGAUGAAACUGAUUCUUCAUCAUUCAAGUUGUACACUUCUCACUUCAGUCUUGAGAGCUUGAGUAAUUCAGAUAUGAUUGGAGAUGUGGGAAGUAGAAGCUUUCACCUUCGCAAGAGUAAUAGUAAUAUUGGAAAUAAUUCAAGUCAGCGAGAAACAACAAUGGAGACAACUUUAAUGGAAGCAAGUUCCAAUCCACUUAUUGUUCUCUAUGGAUUUUUUGCUCUGAAGAUCAAUAAAAUCAUAAGAAGAUCAAGCAAGCUUUGGAAAUUCCUUGGUUGUAUACAGUGUUUUGGAUAGCUAGUUAAGUCAGAGGCGAAUUUAAAAUGGAUUCAACAAGUUCAACUGAACUCAUUAUGUACAUUCAACUCUGAAUCACUUUACAUAUGCAAAAUUGUUAAGAGUAACAUGAGUAUUAGAUUUGUUACUCUACACAUAUUAUUGCUUCAUGUAAAGUGAUUAAUUAAGUUCACAUACAAUUUCACUUUAUUGUGAUAUCCAAAUUAUUUAGAAACAA